CUGAACUAUAAGUAUUGUUAUGGUGCAAUUGGUUUUAUUUGCUGUGGUAUUUCACUUGAACAAUCUAAUCUAAAUGUCAGAACGCAUGCUCUACUCUCUUUAUGAAAGAGCAUUUUGACGCAGGACUAAGUACGAGAGAGGAAAAAGUUCACUGACUCCAAAAUUUUGUUGAUGAUAAGCUGCUCAUAUAGUAUGCUCUUCACAAUUUGUUAUGGAAUUGGGAAGAUAGGGUAGUGAAAUUUUUUGGGUUUUUCUUUAUGUUUAAAUGAUGUGGGGUACACAUUCAGAUACCAAUGAAGGCUUUGACGGGAAUCCAACUUAAAUUUUUUGACGAACAGAAGCGCUGAAAAAGAUUGAAGUAGUCCUUCUCCAGUUUUACUUCCUUUUUCCUAUUGAUUCAACCAUUGAAAGAUAUGUUCAAGAUCACCCCUCAGCUAUACAAAAAAAUUAAGCAUUAUGCGAACUUUCCGCAAACGGGGGUUUCCUUAAAGCAAAUGGUUAUGUUCGGGCAGAAACCAUCUCCAGCAACGUUUUUUAAAGCGAGUCAAUUUUUGCAUGAGGAGUUACCUAUACGUUUGGCGCAUCGUGUGAAAGAGCUUGACGAACUGCCACCAAGUCUAGGACAGCAGCCUUCAAUUCUGAAAGUCAAGGACUGGUAUGCACAAUCUUUCCAGGAAUUAAUAGAAUUACCUACACCAGAAAUUUCAUCUGAAUUGAAAGCUAGCUUUAAAAAGGCGUCAAGAAGUUCACCAACUUUACCACAAAGCAGACCUAAUUUGGCUGUUCAGCAAAUGAAAUCCAAGAAUUAUUAUUAUUAUAAGACUGUCGACAACAGAUACUUCAACAACUACGAGCGUAUAAAGUGCACCCCGGCUAUGUUGGUGUAUUCUGAAGCAUUUGUAAAAGCAAUUGAAAAGGUGAAAAAGCGUCAUGAUCCAGUAGUAACCACAAUGGCGCAAGGGAUUUUAGAAUACAAGCAGCAUCGACAAUAUAAUAUAGUAGAUGCAGAUGUACAACAGUUUUUGGAUAGGUUCUAUAUGUCGAGAAUCGGUAUCCGUAUGCUAAUGGGUCAGCAUUCAGCCCUCUACCGUGGGCCAUUUAUGCCUAACUAUGUUGGUGUGAUAUGCACCAAAACCAAUAUAAAAGAGAUUGCUCAGGACGCAAUAGCUAAUGCUAGGUUCAUUUGUGAGGAGCAUUAUGGCUUGUUUAAAGCACCUGAAGUGCAAAUGUUUUGUCCAGGAAACAUCGAGUUCAUGUAUGUUCCCUCACAUUUAAACCACAUGGUUUUCGAACUGCUCAAAAACUCUUUGCGUGCGGUAGUGGAGAGGUUUGGCACUGACUAUGAGGAUGAAUACCCGCCAAUUAAACUUGUUAUUGCACAUGGAAAAGAGGAUAUAACAAUCAAAAUAUCUGAUGAAGGAGGCGGAUUACCACGUUCGGGCAUUCCAGUGAUCUGGACUUAUAUGUACACCACAGCACAAGCACAGGAAUUAGAACCCGACUACAAUAAAUCAGAAUUCAAAGCACCUAUGGCUGGAUUCGGCUAUGGAUUACCUACUUCCAGAUUGGUAAGUUGGAAAUAUAGUUGCAAGUCAUUUAUGUUUAGAAGCUGAUGCAUACCAUGCCAUUAACAGUAUGCUAGAUAUUUUGGAGGAGAUCUGAAACUAAUAUCGAUGGAAGGGUAAGUAUGUGUAUUUUACUAUUUCUUUUAUAGCUCAACCUCAUCAUGUUCUACCAUUUAUAGUUAUGGUACAGACGCGUACUUG